CAGAGAACUUAUACUGAUAUGCUAUGUAAUUGACUAUUACAGUGUAUAGUGUGUUCUACCAGCUUAAUUGUAUUACUAUGUAUUUUACGUUAAUGAUGCAUCAGUAUAUUCUCUGCAUUACAAUUUGGUGUAAAAGUAAGGUAUUUAGAUAGCAUAAAUCAGAAGCAACGUGCCGCCGUACGAUCCUAGACUAGAAUAGUUACAAGCAAAUUAUGUUUUGGUCCACUAAGUAUAAACUGUGUGCAUCGUGUUUAGGUAAUUUCACCUUGCUAGAUGCGUACACUUUGUCAUAAUGAAUAUAAAACGUAAUAAUGUUAAGUUGUCAGUAUAAUAAUCAAAUAAAGCACGGUCCUGAAUGGGGCAAGAGCAAAUUAGCAGGACCGACCUACUUAUCAAUCUCCACACACAAAACACUUUGGUGGUAAAAAUAGAGAAGCUGUGUUUGCAGUUUUUAAAAAAUUGAAUGAGCUAACAGUUGGGUUGUAAAAAAAUCAAAUAAUAUAAAAUAUAAUGCUAAUAUCACUAUUAGUAAUAUGCACACUAUAGCUAAAUAAAAAAUGCUGUUUUUUUAGGUUACCUUCUGCCUCGUACACACACGCGUGCGCGCGCCAGAACACGCACAUGUACUUUACAAAGGGUAAACAAACUUUAAGGGCUACUAUUUAUUAGCACGCGAUGUUUUGUAAAGUCGUAUGGUUAAAAUGAUCUGGAACUGUAAAUAAUGUGCGAUCAGCAAGUUCCUCACCACAAAAUAGCACAGGAUAAACUAAGAAUGGAUCCGGGGGGGAAUGAACAGCCGUCCAAUAACCAGAAGUCAACAGAAGAGGAUCUUUCAUUCGCUGAUGACUUGUUGCUGACGGAUUUACAUCUCUUGAACGAAUCCUGGUUUGGAGACGGAUCCAGUAGUAAAAAUGACGAUCAGUUCGUACCGGAAGUGGAAAAUCUGGUUCCUUUGGAAAACUCGAGUAGCAGAGAAUCUAAGGUACCAGAGCUCAACCAUCCAACAGCUCCCGUUGACUCUGUUUUUGUUCCGGAUUUUUCCUCUCCGUCGGCGGCUAUCCAAUCUUCGGAGGGUGGUUGGGGACUCCGACAUACAUCCGGGUACACCGACGACGAUGACCGACAACUCAUCACUCCCGAGUUAGAUGACAUUCAACCUUCCUUGAGUGAAUUUAGUGGGGAUUUCCCAAGUUGUUUCGUACAAGGUAGCAAUAAUAGACAAAGCAUUGAACCGCCGGCCUCCGUCGUACAAAGUAUCGACUCAAGAUCUGUUUCGUCUCUGCCUAAUAAUGUUGAAUGGAACUCACGCUUUGAUACUUCACAGACACAAUAUGAUCAAUCCAUCAUUUCUACCAAUUGGUGUGAACGUGAUGACCAAACUAGUCGAGAAACGAGCGUUAUUGAUGGAUUUUACAGUCGAAAGGGAAACGAAACAGCAGCCUCAACCUUUGCUACAGGGUAUGGCAAACUAAAUCAUUACACCAAACAUCCAUUGGGCAAGCCAUAUAACAUCGUUAAUGAUCCAAACUACGUCGCAUGUGGCAAUGGUGAUACAACAACACAACAUAGACAACCAAUACUUCACACUGAAGCUUCCACGCAAGACUUUCGUGCACCGCAUAUAGACGAAAAAACAGAACCUCCACCAUUGAGCCACUACCCAGCAAUUAGUUACAACUCAUAUAACACUUAUCAACGUUUUAACUACCCUAACCAAGGGCGUCACAAUUCGUUAACGAACAUUGACAAUAACCAUACUGUCUACCCGGGUGACAGUCGACUUCGAAUGUCAAGUUGUCCCGAAAAUCUUGAAAAAAUUCUGCCCACAAAUCCUCCCGAUGACACGAUGAACCAACAAUUUCGUCAUAAACUCGGCAAUGCGUCUUCCUUUGCUGAAGGUCCGCCAGAGUUCCAAUUUCGGUCGCCGGCACCAGGAGCCCCGCCGCGCAAACCAGAAGAUUCUUUUCCAAAGCGAUACCUGGAGCAAGAAAUUGUUUCUGCUUCGUCUAUGUACAGUAAAAUUGGAACAAGAAUGCGUCCAACGUCAGAAUGCUUUAACAGUUGCAAGCAUCAAUCACAAAGCAUUGUCCCACAACAAUAUCUUGUCCGUUCUGCUUCUCUGGACCGAAAAAGUAGAACGAUGGUGAACCAAUCGUCAGAUCACGUUGGCAACCAACAGGCUCUAGUUCGGCAAAAUUCAGCCCCUGUUUCGUUGAAAAAAGAUAUUGACACACAACAUGUCCCAAAUCAGAAGACAGUUGUUCAACCUUGCUCUUUAACACACAUUGCUGGUACAUCAAACAUAAAAGUUGAACCAAAUGAAGAAGAUGGUUUUUCUCUGGAAGUUUCACAACGGGACAAACACCCAUCUUCUUCGUUAGUUGGAAACCCAGAAACACAAACCUGGAAUAAUGGAAACAAAGCACACCAAGCCAGUAGUUACCGACGGUUCAGUGUUAACUCUUGCAUACCACCGUCACCACAUCCCACAACUAAUGCUGAACCCGGGCAAAUUUGUAAUCCUCAUCUCAACAAAGUUAAGCAAGAAGUAUUUUUUGACGAAGCAUGUGUACCUGACCAUGAUGUUGUAAAUAUUUCAAAUGAAAUUAGAGAUCCUAUAACAUAUGGAAGACGAGGAAGUUUACAACUUUGGCAGUUUUUGGUUUCUCUUCUUGAAGAUCCUUCGAAUAAUCAGCAAGUUAUUGCAUGGACUGGACGGGGGUUGGAAUUUAAGUUGGUUGAACCAGAAGAGGUUGCUAGAAGAUGGGGUGUGCAGAAAAACCGCCCUGCUAUGAAUUACGAUAAGCUGAGCCGCUCAUUAAGAUAUUAUUACGAGAAAGGAAUUAUGCAGAAGGUUGCUGGAGAAAGAUAUGUGUACAAGUUUGUUUGUGAACCAGAAGCUUUGUUUUCAAUGGCAGGAUCUUUAGCACCAGACCGCUGCUUUCCACAUUGUCACAUGCUGCAUCUUGGGCAGCCACGUCAUACUUAUAUGCCACCCUUUCAUCAUCAUGAACCAUGCUACCCCAACCCCAUAUAUUAUCACAGCCCUUACAAUUUUUCACAACAGAGUUAUGCCCAAGCAAUCCAGAGAAACCCACAAUUCAUAAGGUCUUUAGAUCAGCAUAACCGUUUCAAAGUUGAAGAAAUAACUGAUGGAAGUUUUCCUAAAUCCAUUCCAAACAUUCCAUCUUUCCCACCUGAUGACCAAGCACAUAGCUCGUCUAAACAUGUUGCUAAUUAUCCUCCAAACUCCUUCAGCCAAGUUCGUGAACCAACAGUGGAUUAGUACAUACCACAAAGGCAGUGCAAUUUUAAGUAAGAGAUUUAUCAUUGCGUUUGCCUACUUUGCAUGAUGUAUUAAGAGAACUAGCGUUUAAAGUUUGUUUACAGAAUGGUGUGUUUUUAGUUUUAAAAGUUUCAAGAUCUUUAUUGUUUUAAGAUAUUUUUAUUUUACUAAGUAUACUACUUCUCAAUGUAUUAAUAUCAAGUCUUAUGUUUUAUCAUGCUGCCUUGUCCACCAUUGAUCAUGUUGAAGUAUAUAAAUAUACAUUCGUCAGCCAA